AUGGGCCCCUGUACCGCCUCCUCAUGCUGCUGCCAGGCCCGUAAUCUGCCAUGGGCCCCCGUACCGACUGCCUCAUGCUGCUGCCAGGCCCGUAAUCUGUCAUGGGCCCCUGUACCGCCUCCUCAUGCUGCUGCCAGGUCCAGAGUGUGUCAUGGGUCCCUGUACGGCCUCCCAUUGCUGCUGUCUCCAUCGCCACACUCUGCCAUGUGCCACUUUCAGGUCUCCUCACACUGCUGGUGGGUUCCAUUUUGUCAUAGGGUGCUGGCAGAUUACGGGCCUCCCAUUGCUGCUGCCAGGCCCGUAAUCUGCCAUGGGCCCCCGUACCGACUCCUCAUGCUGCUGCCAGGCCCGUAAUCUGUCAUGGGCCCCUGUACCGCCUCCUCAUGCUGCUGCCAG